UUAAAGGCACGACAAGACCUACAACACAUGAACAUUAAACGAGAGUUGCAUCCACAAAAAAAACCUAAUGAUAAGUAUUAUCUGCCACCUGCUUCCUAUAACCUAUCUAAAGAAGGGAAGCAACAAUUUUGCAAAGUCCUUCAUGGUGCAAGGGGUCCGAAUGGGUUUUCAGGAAACAUCUCAAGAUGUGCAAAUGUUGUUCAAGGGAGAAUCUCAGGCCUUAAAAGUCAUGAUUGUCAUAUACUAAUGCAACACUUUCUACCACUUGCUAUUCGAGGUCUACUCCCAGAUCAUGUCACAUCUGUGUUGUUCGACCUGUGUGGGUAUUUUAGAGAAGUGAGUGCAAAAGUCCUAUACAUCAGCGAUCUUGAGAAGUUGGAGGAGCGAAUCAUAAUGACAUUAUGUCAUAUGGAGAGAAUAUUCCCACCAGGUUGGUCCAGUGUGCUACCGUUCGAUGUGGUUUGUGGAAAGGUAUAUAGGUAAGCUGAAGUCAAAUGUCCGUAACAAAGCUCGUCCUGAAGGAUCUAUCGCUGAAGCAUUUUUGGCAAAUGAGUGCAUGACAUUCUGUUCAAGAUAUAUUGUCGGUUUUGAGACCAAACAUAACUUGCUUUCGCAGAAUGAAGAUAACGACGAGUGGGUUGGGCAUCAUGAUAUUGCACAUGGAUCAAGAUUAUUUCCACAUUCUGGCAAUCCACUUGGAAAGCCUAGGAAUUAUGUACUAAGCGGUGUGGCAAAAGUACAGGCACAUAGAUAUGUCUUGUUCAAUUGCUCUGAUGUGAAUUCAUACCUUAGGGCUCAUGCUGAUGAGAUCACUAAUGGACGCAAUUUAAACCCUGAUGUUGUCGAGAGGAUUCAAAAUGAUAAGUUCCACGAAUGGUUCCAAGCUCAUAUAAAGAAAUUGGAGAAGGAAAAUGGCAUCCACAACAUUGAAAAGGAUAUUAGAUUGCUCGCCCGGGGCCCAGUUAAUGCAGCCAAAACAUAUUGCGCUUUCAACUCCCGAGGCUACCAUUUUAGGCCUAAACGCUUGGAUAAAGAGACACAAAAUAGUGGAGUCAUGGUAACUGCAAAAACUUCUAGUUAUGCUUCAGCACAUGAUGCCAAUCCUGUUUUACAUUGUGACGUCCGGAUACUUAGGCUACAGUAA